AUGAGCCAACCAGAAAUCACUGUUCUCUACUUUGCUGCUGCAUCCACAGCGACUGGCUUGAUGGAACAAUUGGUCACCCUCCCUGCCUCGCAAUACCCACUUUCCUCAUUGAGCGGUUUCUUGGUGUCAUUGCACCCAGACGUUGGCUUAGACAAGAUCCUUCAGUCUAGCCAAUGGAGCGUAAACGCCGAAAUGGUGAACAAUGUUGAAGAAGUGACAUUAAAGGGAGGAGAAGAAGUCGCUAUCAUCUGCCCUGUGUCAGGUGGAUAA